UCGUCAGUGCUGCCGUGUCCCCGAGCCAGGGGGUCAGCCAGCACCCGGGGAUGAUGAGCACUGCCACAGCCGAGAGCCAACCGGGGCCGGGGCCCGGAGGAGCCUCCGAGGAGCGGUGCCACGGCUGAGCCCGGCGUGCCGAGCUGUGCCGAGCUGUGCCGGACCCCACGCCGGCAGCGGAUGCUCCCUCGCUGCGUCCGGACCACGCGGAUGGAAAGCAGCAGCCCGGCAGGGAGCCUCGCUGGCCGGCUGACGCCAUCCCGCGCCCUCUGCCCCAGCCCUAUGCCGGAGCCAGCGCCCACCCUGGCCCAGCCGCCCGCCCACCAUGAAGUGCUCGCUGCGCUUCUGCUUCCUCUCGACCGCCUUCCUCCUCGUCUUCGUCAUGUCCCUCCUCUUCACCUACUCCCACCACAGCAUCGCCUACCUGGACCCCGGCGGGCUGGGCGGCAUCCACCGGGUGAAGCUGGUGCCCGGCUACGCGGGGCUGCAGCGGCUCAGCAAGGGGGGUCCGUACCCCCGGGGCUGCGCCUGUCACCGCUGCCUGUCCCAGGACGCCGCCGCUGCCGACUGGUUUGACGGGCGCUACGAUGGCGCCGUCUCCCCGGUGUGGACCAAGGAGAACAUGGACCUGCCGCCCGACGUCCAGAGGUGGUGGAUGAUGCUGCAGCCCCAGUUCAAGUCCCACAACACUCACGAAGUCCUGAGCAAACUCUUCCAGAUAGUGCCGGGCGAGGAUCCCUACCGCUCCCGGGACCCGCGCCGCUGCCGCCGCUGCGCUGUGGUCGGCAACUCGGGCAACCUGCGUGGCUCCGGAUACGGGCCAGAGAUCGACGGGCACGACUUCAUCAUGCGGAUGAACCAGGCCCCCACAGUGGGUUUUGAGGGCGAUGUGGGCAGCCGGACCACACACCACUUCAUGUACCCUGAGAGUGCCAAGAACCUUCCCGCCAACGUCAGCUUCGUGCUGGUGCCCUUCAAAACCCUGGACCUGCUCUGGAUCGCCAGUGCCCUCUCCACCGGCCAGAUCAGGUUCACAUAUGCACCUGUGAAGCCUUUUCUGCGGGUGGACAAAGAAAAGGUGCAGAUCUACAAUCCUGCCUUCUUCAAGUACAUCCACGACCGCUGGACGGAGCACCACGGGCGCUACCCCUCCACUGGCAUGCUGGUGCUCUUCUUUGCCCUCCACGUUUGUGACGAGGUGAACGUCUUCGGCUUCGGCGCUGACAGCCGAGGCAACUGGCACCACUACUGGGAGAACAACCGCUACGCCGGGGAGUUCCGGAAAACCGGGGUGCACGAUGCCGACUUCGAGGCGCACAUCAUCGACAUGCUGGCCAAAACCAGCAAGAUUGAGGUUUACCGGGGGAACUGAGGGAUGUGGCUCCUCCAGAUCCCCUGUGCCAGCCAUCCAGGUCCCGGCUGCCCACGGGGCUCCUCAGCAGCCCCCGGGCAAGGAGCGCUGGGCGGGCAGCGUGGCCCCGCGCCAUCCACGCAGCCACCUCCGGCAACAUUUGGUGCCUCCAGCAGCCAAUCAGGUUCAGAGCUAAAGGAGACUUUUUUGCCUUUUUUUUUUUUUUUUUUAAUAUUAUUAUUGUUAUUAUUAUUAUUAUUAUUAUUAUUAAGAAACCCAGCUGAGAAAGGAUUUGUAAACACAAUCAGCAACUGACUGGCAGCGGGGACGUCUGCCUCGCAUCUCUUUACAGUCAAAACCAAAUGCUGCUCUUUUUAAAACGAGAUACACACACAGACACAAAACAAACAAACAAACAAACAAAGAACAACAAACCACCAACCCCGAAGCUGGGGGACUUUGGGGAGUGCCCAAAAGUUGGGCCCAGGACUCAGCUCCCCCUCCCCGGCAGCACAGCCUUGCCAGUGGAACCAGCUGCUGCUUUCUUUAGUUUGAAAUCCUGUGUACCCACCUGGGGCAGCUGCUGCCGUCGCUCCCUCGGGAAGGCUCCUGGCACCCAGGCAGGGCCCGGUGUGGGUGCCAUCGUGUGGAUCCAUCACGUGGAGCCAGCAGCCACGGAAAGCUACAGCUGGGCUGAAGGGUAGAGAGGAGUGCCCAGGGUUGGGGCCAGGCGUCCCUGCUCCUCUGCCUGAGGACUGAGGAUGGGUAGGAUGGAUUUUGGGAGGUACCAGGCAAAAGAAGCAGCUAAGGAACCUGCAGGAGCAGCAGUCCAGUCUCUCCAUCCGAGCACCCUUGCUGGAGGGAUGUGGGAUGCAGCAGCUGUGGGAUGUGUCCUGAGGGAAGAUGAUGAGGUUUCCCUUUGCUUUCAGGCUGGGGAAAAAAAAAAACAAAAAACAACCCCCAAACAGAUUAGAGGUAGCUUUAGUGGGUGACUGAACUGUGGUUUUGCUUUUGUGUUGCUAUAAACAGACAGCUCUGGUGAGAAGCUGAAAUCCCAAAGUCUUUGCUCCGUUGGGGAGCACCAGCCCGGCCCAGCUCCAGGCUCCAGGGCAGUGCAGGAGGACACUGCCUGCCCAGAGGGCUCAUGGAAACCAGUUUCUUUGGGUCAGGCAGGCAGGUGUGGUGGGUUUUCUUUAGGAAAUGCUGGAAAACUUGGCAAUCAUAAAAAAAAAAAAAAGGUCCCUGAGGAGGCACCUUCCACCUGCACAGCUGGUGCCAGGACAUACCCUGGGGUGCCCAGCCUGGAACAGGGGCUGGGGGGGAAUUCCUGCCUGCAAUAGUUGUUUGAGGAACAAUCAUCAGAGGGGUUUUUUGGGGGGGCUUGGAGGGUUUUUUUUUACCCUUUUGUAUCUGGCUUUUCUGUAGCAGCCUCUUACCUGUUUCUCUGCUUCUGUUUGGUUGUUUUUUUCAAGGUUUUCUUCUGUCUUUUUUUUUUCCUUUUUGAGUUUCUCUCUGCAAUCAUGAACCACAAGGGUUUGGCUCAUCUGGAGCAGGCACUGAGCAUCCCCUCAGCUUGGGAAAACGAAUCUUUUCUGUCCACAGGGCUUUUAACUUCCAGGUUCCCUGCUGGCUUUUGGUAGAAGCAGUGCUGUCAGCAGCCUGCCCUGGCCAGCCCCAAAGCCCAGGACUCAGAGGCAGGCUGCAGCAAGCCUUUAGUCUCCAUGGGUUGGUUUUGUUCUUUUUUUAAGGGAAAGAAAAA